AUGGCUACGGCGGCGUGGUGCGGCGGCGGCGGGGCGGGCGGGGAGGCAGCCGCCGGCGAGGUGCGAGGAAAAGGACAGGGCAGAGCGGGGUCGGGGUCUAGCUCGGUCGCACCAACGGGCCGAGCCGGCCUCGUCCGAGUCAGCGCGCAGCCAGCGCAGGCGACGCGCGCACUGGCCAGCGUGGCGCCUGACGGGCGGGCCCAAUCGGUCAGCUUUAGUGUCAAUACUUGUGGUAUCUCUGUGCAAUUUACUCAGCUGAUGGCAACAUGCAGCACGUCGGCAGCUGAGAGCGUCGCGUCGCGCCGGAGCCGACCCGCAAGGACCCAGAAGGGACCCUACAGGCCAAGAUCUGGACCGGGGACGCGCCACCGGCCGGCCAGCACCAUCGGACCACCCCGCCGCCAAGAGGCGGCACCACCACGGCGAGCACCGUCGGCCUCCACACCAGGACGCCGGACCGCCGAGGCGCACCGCCGCCGGCCAUCACCGCCCGAGCAGGAGAGGACCGCGCACGGGGAAGGGCAAGCCCACCGCCGCCAGCACCACGCGGCCGAGGACCGGCGGCGCACGCUGACGGCGGCGGGAGGAGGGAGGGGCGCAGGGAAGGGCUGGAGGAGCGCGGUGGAAGGGCCCCCGGCCGCCUCGCUCGGGGAGGCGGCGCGGGGGUAG